GAUAAUGCCAUUGAUUAUCGUAAACGGACGGUCUGAAUUUAUCACUUAAAAGAGUCUCCUGUGUGAAUGCUGGGACCUUAAAUGCGUGUAAGCGACUCCCAUGUUCGGCACGUGGCGACAACCUUAUAGACAACGCAAUACAAAAUUCAUUUCUAAUCGAUUCCCGAUCCUCUCAGCCACCUCUACACCCGGCUCUUCACCACCACUUUCAGUUAUAAUGGAAGGAAAGAUUAAGACUCAAACUAUGGAUACUAUGCCUAAGGGGAACGAAGGUUCAUCUAUUAAGAUCAAGGUUCUGUUCUUUGCAAGAGCUCGAGAUCUGACUGGCCUGAGUGAGAUGCCAUUGGAGGUGUCAUCAGGUAGUUCUGCCCAUGAUUGUUUAAACGAUCUAGUUGCCAAGUUUCCUAGCUUGGAAGAGAUUCGUGGGUGCAUGGUUCUUGCCCUAAAUGAGGAAUACACCACCGAGUCCGCAACUGUUAAAGACAAAGAUGAGUUAGCCAUUAUCCCUCCCAUAAGUGGUGGCUAGCUAUUUUUCUUACGCAACUAUAACUGUAAAAUGUGUUCAUUCAAUGUUGUACCCCUGAUUUCAUGGAAAAAUUAUGUGGCUUUGAUUUUGUAUGUAACAUGGUUAGAAAUCUCCUGAUUAAGGUUUUAUAGCUCUUUUGCUUCUGUA